AUGCGCAUAUCGCGGUUGCUGACCCUAGGCAGUUUCUGGCAUCUACUGGCUGUCGUCUUAGCAGGGUUCCCCGCCGCCAACCUCUCGUCGGGCUUAUCGUCACCCCUGCUUGUCCUCUCCCCUGCCACAGGGAUAUUCUACCCUUCCAAUGGGGACUGGACCAAUGAGAUCCAGCGAUUGACUCUCCAUGAUAGUCUAACUUACCUUGCCGCUGUGAAACCUGCCACGGAGAGGGACGUUCAGAAGCUGGAAAGAGAAGAUGAUACACAAAUGGGAGGAAUUUACCGAAAGCUGGUUCCUAUCAAUUCUUGA